UGACGCGGUGCGUGACGCGCGGCAACGCCGUUGCUGCCUCUCCUCGCACCAUUGUUAUAAAUUCGCUCGCCGCUUUGGUGCUGCGUCUGCCGUCCGGGGAAUUUCGGGGAACGCGGUCGAGGGUGGAUGAUGGUGCCGCGAUGUUGCCAAGUUGUCGAAAGACGGUUAUGAAUCAUUUUUCUUCGUAGAGGUUUUAUAAUUGUGCAGAUGCGUUUUGUGGAGGCAGUGGAAUGGAGUUACGAGAACAUGAAGCUUAGUCAUAGCGAUCAUCUGUAAUUAUUGACGAUUUAGUAGCGUAAUUCCGAGUAUGUACUUCUUGGAUUAACGUGAACCUUCAAGGGAUUAAACGCAAAAUCUCGCAGCAAAAGGAAACCGUGUGACUUGACAGAAAACAACGUUCCGAUCAGUCCCCCGAAACCCCCGCGUUUUGACACGAAAGAGGACCUCGAAAACAAGCAACAGCAAACCAAACCUCUCAAGAAGAACCUCAACAAUCGACAUUCGAACAAAAAAAAAGUCCUCGAAGAGGCGAACAACUCCAAACUCCGGGAGAUCGAGGUGCGCGUAGAGGAUUGUCUGCAAAGCAACUCCGCCUUAUCGGUACUGUGCAGGCGGAAAUUAGAGGAGUUACCUCCAACCUCCACGGAUAAAAAUCGGGAAGUGGCAAAUAGUGAUGAUGCUGUAGUGAAUGAUGAUGAUGAUGGAGAAAGCGAUAGUGAGAAUGGUGAGAAGUGCGACGAUAAUGAGCAGGGCAGCGCGUCUAUGCCUGCAACGGAAGUGACCGCCGGAAGUAGUACCGGUACUAGUAGUAAUAAGGGUUCUAAUAGUGAAGAAGUGGUGGUUGUUGAAGGUGAAGGUUGUAAUAGUGGUGAUGUUGUAACGGAUGAGGAUAACAGAGCGAUAGUGGAACAAAGGAUAAGUGAAGAGGAAGAUACUACCGUCACCACCACGCUGACUGGAAGCAGUGCUGGAUGCGAGGACAACGACAACUCGAUCAAAGGUGACGAUGUGGGAUCGUUGGAACCCCGUUCGCCGAAGCCGUCCUCCAACAGUACAGAUUGUCCAACAACAACAAGCAGUCCAACUGUCAUCAGCAGUGCGAUCAGUAGCAGUACCAACAAUACAACAACGAGCAGUAGUAGUACCAGCAAUACAAGUAGCAUCAGUAGCGUCGCGCCAACAACGGCAACGGCGAGCGUCGUCGUCAGCAGUACGAGUACGUGUGGCAUGGACCUUGUCGGCGCCGACGGAAUCGGUGGCCUCCUGGUGCGCUACCCCGCUUCCUCAGUGCACGCGGCAGCUGCGGCCGCAGCUGCGGCAGCCGCUGCAGCAGCCGCAGCCUCCCAACACCACUCGUCUUCAGUAGGUAUCGUAGACGACCGUUGCAGCAGCGACUCUGGCGUGAGUUCUCUGCGUUCCGGGAGUUCCGGCGAUGAGCGAUCGGGCUCCAGGUCGAGCGCGCUCAGCACGUCCGAUCUAGAGCCGACCACAGCGCCAUCUGGUCCGCCCACCGGCUGUAGUCAAGGCCAAGGAGGACCCCCCUCGUCAGGAUCGUCAUCGUCCUCAAGUAGCGGGUCCAUUUCUGCGUCGCAGAAUAGCCGACGUUCGCCCCUCUUCAUCCCCGGCAGCGGUUCGGCGGUGAGUCACUCCUCAUCCUCCUCGCCGGUGACCUCAUCCUCAACAGGCGGUCUCACCGUACCGGCCUCACCGCGUCACCAGGACCAAGUAGUGGUGAGUUCAACUGCGGAACCUGUACGCGUCUGGCGCGAUCCUAGCCUUUUGCUGGAAGAACCGCACGUCAGGCACAUACACAGCGUCCAGCACCAGGUACGUGCGACAGGCCUACAGACGUUGCUGAUGUCCCAUUCGGGCAGCACAUCGAGUCCGGGCAGCGCGAGCGGCAACCCAGGCGGUGGCGGCGCUUCAACAGGCAGUAGCAGCAGCACACCUCAACCGCCCCCUAGCGCGAGCGCCUACCAAACGGUGGUACCACCUCCGCCGCCCCCGUCUCUGAUCUCCGCCCACCAUCCGCUGAGUCACCACCCGCAUUUGCCGCCGCACGCCGGCCUGUACCACCCCUCUCAGUUCACGGAAAUGCUGUGGAAGGGGAGCGCCGGGGCGGGGCCUACGGGUCGCGGAGGACCGCCCACGCCGUACGGAGUGCCCGCCCAUCUGCUUAGCGCCGCCCAGCAAAGCGGAGCGGCAGCUGCUGCCGCCCAGGCGGCUGAGGAGCUGCUGGCGGAGAGAGCGAUGCAUAUGCAGGAUAGGGAGAGGCAGGAGAGGAUAUUUAGGGAAACUCAAAGGCAAAAUCAGGAGUUGGUCGAGAAGCAGCAAAAAGAAAAGGAGAGGUUAGAACGUGAUAGGCAAGAAAGAGAAAAAAUGGAAAAGGAACGGCAAGAGAAAGAAAGAGAACAGUUAGAGAAAGAAAGGCAAAAACAGGCAUUGCACAACCAUUUUGAAAAAUCAUUACGGGGUGCGCAGCUAAAGAGGGAGCAGUGGAAUCCUAUAACGGGGCGGGUGCCCCAACCAAGAACUUCUAGUCUAUCUGAGGAUGAUCGAAAGAGAGCCGAAGAAAUGCACCAAAGGGAACAACAAAGGCAUCUAUCCAUGAGGGGAGAUGCCAGGGAUCAUAGAUCUUAUUAUAGUUCUGUCCAGCAGCGGCCGUCUAGCGUCCCCGUGAAACCGCCCGGGCAAUCCGAAUACCCGCCCCCGGCGCACAGUCGCCACCCCGCCACUAAGCCGGUGGGCGGCGCCAGCUCGGUGGGCGUGGAUAAACUCCCGCUCCAUCAACAGGCGUUGGCUAAAUCCGGAGACCUCAGCGUGUACGGCUACUCUGCGGCUGCCGCUGCGGCUGCUGCCGCCGCGGCGGCCGUUGGCCAUUCGCAAACGGCAUUCUAUGAGCCAAAGAGCAAGACCACCGCAUCAGGGUUGGUCGUUACCAAGACUGGGCCCCUUAUGGAUAGGGACGGCGAGAUGAAGAACUCUGUUAUAGUGAAACACGACACGAAGUCUCAUCCGCAAUCUCCAGCGCACCAUAUGGAUGCGCGAGCACCGUUGGCUCAUUCUCCAAGUCCCAAACUGUUGAGCUCUCACUACGUCCCCCAAGGUAGGGAGAAGGAUUCGCCCUACGAGUACAGGAGCCCAACGCAGUCGCCACACCACCAUUUGGGACACGCCCCCAGUCCCCACCAUCAUCUUGAAGCGCAGAACUUGGGCAAGGUUCAGAACCACCAUCGCAACUCGAGCCAGAUGUCCAGCGCCCAUCACCAGCAACUGAGCCAGCAGCAGCAGCGGCACAGCCCCCACCAGCCGACGCACCCUCACAGCCAGCCGCACCCAUCUCCUGAGUUGCGGUACGGCAGCAGCCGGGAGGCGUUGCUCUACCAAUCAGCGGCCGCCGCAGCCGCCGCGAAAGUGGGCGGCGCCUAUUCGUACCCCGCCUCCGCGUACACAACGUCCAUAGCGUCGACACCGCCUCCUCCUUCGAGCGCCGCCUCCGUCAAGCCGAAGGUUAGCAGUCCGGCGCCGCAUCAGAUAUUCGGUAAACCGCCGGUAGGGGGCGGGUCGGCGGGCGUGUCGGUGGUACCGGUGUCGUCGCGACCGCCUCCGCCGUCCCCGCCGCAAGGGGCGGUCGGUACUACACCCAUUCAACUUACGGCUAGGCCGCCGUCUACGUUGACGGCUGCCGUAUCACCAUCACCUUACCAACAGGUAUCCCAGUAUCAUCCGCCUCAUACGCAAUCCCCCGCCCUGAUGACGUGCCCGCCCCCGCCUCCAGCGCACUCUAGUCGAGCCACAACCAUCCCCUCCGCCGUAUCGGCGACGGUUUUGGACCACCGCUAUCCCCACCACUCGCAUCACCACCACCAUUCGCAUCAUCCGCCGCCCCCGUCGCCUCACCAGCACCAACAGCCGGGGGCGGUGUCGAUGGGCGGAUAUGCCAAGAUGGCCGCGUCGCCGCCCACGGGCGCCUCCGCGCCGAUGCCUGCUAUACCUAGGGGACAUCCGGCGCAUCAUAUGCCGCAGCAGCACCACCAGUACGCCGCCCCCGCGCAGCCGCAGAUGCCGCCGACGUUGCCGCCCCACCAUCAGCCGCUUGACGUGCAGACGCAACCGUUGGACCUCGGCGUCAGUUCGAACAAAUCAGACAGCGGCAGUAAUCAAUCGAUGUCGCCGAAACGCAAGUCUACGACGCCGGUGAGCAGCGCGAUGAGCCCCGUCUGUCUGGAGGUGAAGAAACGGCGAAUAGACCCUCCUGCGACGCCGCCCAUGACUACACAGCCGCAGUUGCAGCAGCAACAACAGCCAAUGGGCGGCAUCUACACGGGGCCGCCAUCGACUGGGCAGCCCCCGCAGCAGUUGGCGCGCGUCUGCGAACCCACUCCGCUCAUCGCCAGCGCGGCCACCACCAUUACCACGGUGGUGAAUACAGCUGCAUACAGAACACCUCCUGUGAGCGCCAGCGUGACUGUGUUAUCAGAAAACUUACCGGACGUCAGUGUGACAGCCGUAACGGUUGAACCUGUGCGGCCUGCCUCCAUAGAAGUUUCCAGUCCGAAACCUGCAACACCUACUCCUCCUGUGCCUGCAGCCAGCAACAGUCCGGCGCCCACUACUACAUCAGUAAGUGCAGCGUCUACCCCCACGCCUCCUGAAGAACCCCCUGGAGCUACCGUGAAAACUACAUCUCUCACACCUAGCGUCGUAGACUCUGAAAAAUCCAACAGUCCAGGACCUCAAAAGACUUCCAGUAGUAGUUACCCAGUUAGGCAUCUAAAAAAAGCGUGGUUGCAGAAGCAUAUAGGCGAAGACAUGGAGGACACGACAGGAGUGGUAGGCUCGGGCAGCUGCGUGACGUUACCCCUAAACAUAAAAACGCCGCCCCUACCUGCUAGUACCCCUCCCGCCCCUUCAACUACCCCCGUCGCUAAGGAAAACCCCGUGAAUUCGAUACAUUCGGUGGGCAGCAUGGCGGUGAACAGUAUAAACAAAACGAAGCAUUUCGGAUCCAAGUCGACGGCGAAUCGCAAAACGCCGAAAGAAACGCCCACGGUAAAUGGGGACCCUAAGAAUGAUGAUUCAUCAAGUAGUGAUCAGGAAAGGGGACAGAAAUCGCCGCCCAAACGGAAACCGCCCAAGGUCAAGAGGAAAAAGGGCGGCGGCGCGGUGAAGAAGCCACCAGAUGACAAGAAACGCAAAGGUAGCCAAACUCCAGCAAUGGCUAGCGAAAGCGGUAGUGAUAGCGAAAAAGAGAGUGGCAGUGAAAAAGACAGCGAUUCAGGUGCCAGUGCCUCGGCGCCCAGCAAAAAGUCUGGAAAUGCUGGAAAGGAGCCAAGGAAACGAGGUAGACGACCCAAGAGUUCAAAAAACGAUAGAGGCGAGGAGCCACGACCAAAGAAGAGCAAGGACGACAACACGCCGCCAUCUCAACCGCCGCAGCAGCCCCCUCGUGACCCCUUUCGCAAACCCCCCGUGGGGCAACUGAAAAAGACCGGCGAGACCUUCUUGCAGGACGGUCCCUGUUUCGAAGUGGCUCCUAAAUUGGCAAAAUGCCGAGAAUGCCGGUGGACGCCAAACCAACGCUCGAAGAACAUGCCGAACAUCUUCUGUCGGUUCUACGCCUUCAGGAGGUUGAGGUAUACUAAGAACGGACAGCUGGCAAUAGCCGGGUUCUCUGAUCCGCAUAAGGAUGCCAUGGAGGAUGACUUGAAGUUGUGGCUGCCCAAUAAGGAAAAUCCGCCAACUGAUUUGGACCUAGAAACAUCCAGAUUUCUACUUAAACAAGUUGGUGAUCAUUUUUGUGAUCUGUUAGUGCAAGAAAAAGAAGCCAAUGCCGAACAUAUGUCUGAAGAUAAAACAGUAGCAUGGAAACGUGUGGUACAAGGUGUGAGAGAGAUGUGUGACGUGUGCGAAACGACUUUGUUCAAUUUUCACUGGGCGUGCGGCAAAUGUGGUUUCGUUGUGUGCAUUGACUGUUAUAAAAGUAGGAAGAAAGGUACCAUCAAAGUUUGGGGAGAACCAGGGAAAGAUCGAGACGAGUUUUCGUGGUUGUUGUGCACCAAUAGACAACCCCAUGAACAGGAAAAGCUAAUGUUGACUCAAAUCAUCGCCGGCGAUUCGCUAACCAACUAGGGAAGAUGGUGCACGAGAUCCGCGACCUGUGGGGUAUCGAACAGUUCUGCAGCUGUCCGAUGAGCAAAGACGUGCAGCAGAAAUCGAACAAUGUACAAGCCAAAGAGAUCGUCAGAUCGAUACUUGGAGAGAAACUGAAUGGGAUAAAGAAGGAGAUUAAGGAUGAAGACGAUAUCACGGAUCGAGACGAAAAGAAAGAGGGUAGCAGCAGCGAAGAAGAGGGUAACUUCUCGACCUUGCGAGAGCUGCUGAUCCGACCGUCCCACAAGGCGAACGGAUCCAGAGCUACUUCGCCCGUAUCGAAGAACGAAACUAAGAAAAAACCACCGCCACCAACGAAACCCGCCGAUCUGGAUGACGUCAUCUCCAGCGUGAUAGAGGACAGCGUGCCGCAAAAGGUGGAGACAUCUAGCGAGCCUAAGAACGAACUGAAGCACUUCGUAAGAAGGUACAACUGGCAGGCAAAGGGAAGGCUGCAACUCCCGAUCAGGAUAAUGACUUUGACCGAGAGCAAAACCCUAUACCCGGACACCCCUCACAGCUGGUUAUGUGACGGCAAACUUCUCCGACUGAGCGAUCCUCUUUGCAAGGAGAACUACAAGAUAUUCCAAGACCAAUGGAAACGCGGUCAGCCAGUCAUAGUAUCUGACGUCACGCGCAAUGUCGACACCGACCUGUGGCAUCCGGAAUCGUUCGCCAGGGAUUUCGGCGAUGAAAAGAACGAUCUGAUCAACUGCAUGACAGGGAAUCUGGUGCCGAAUCAGCCAAUGAGGAAGUUUUGGGAGGGUUUCGACAACUUCGCCAAGAGGCUGAAGGACGAUCGGGGGCAGCCGAUGUUGCUCAAGUUGAAGGACUGGCCGCCCGGCGAGGACUUUGCCGAGAUGCUGCCCACCAGAUAUUCGGAUUUGAUGAAGGUGCUGCCUCUAUCUGAAUACACGCAUCGAACGGGUCGUCUGAACCUGGCUUCGCGUCUACCAGACUGCUUCGUAAGGCCUGACCUUGGUCCCAAGAUGUACAAUGCUUACGGUUCCGCGCUGCAUCCCAAUAAGGGUACCACGAAUCUCCAUUUGGACAUCUCGGACGCCGUCAAUGUGAUGGUCUAUGUGGGCAUUCCCAAGGAUGGAGAUACCGAGGAGCACAUCAAGGAGGCGUUCAGGGCGAUCGACGAAGCCGGUUGCGACAUUCUAACUCGCCGCCGCGUUCGCGACAAAGGCGAACUGCCCGGCGCCCUAUGGCACAUUUACAACGCCCGCGAUGCCGACAAGAUCCGCGACCUGCUCAACAAGGUCGUGGUGGAGAAGGGAGGUCGCCUGGAACCCCACCAUGACCCCAUCCACGACCAGAGUUGCUACCUGGACGGGCCGUUGAGGGAAAGACUGUACAAGGAGUACGGCGUCGAGGGAUAUGCUAUAGUGCAGUGCAAGGGCGAUGCUGUGUUUAUACCUGCUGGGGCGCCGCACCAGGUGCGGAACCUGCACAACUGCAUUAAGGUGGCCGAAGAUUUCGUCUCCCCGGAGAACGUUUCUCACUGCUUCCACCUGACGCAGGAGUUCAGGGAUCUGAGCGACACGCACUCCAACCACGAGGACAAACUCCAAAUAAAGAACAUCAUCUAUCAUGCAGUUAAAGACGCACUGUCUACGCUGGGUGCGGUCCUUAAUAAGCACAUGUGCGCCGUGAAGAAGGAGGAGGGCAGCGACUCUGCCCCUGACGGCGAUCAGUCAGCAAAAUCCGAUUCAAAUGAGACUAACUAAUAGUCUAUGCUAGGCGUUGUCCACAACAAGCAAAUCAGUGCUGUGAAGAAUAUCAGCAAGAAGAGCUGCGAUUUGGCACCGAAACGUCAGAUUCAAAUGAGUCCAGGGAUAUUAGUGUGUGGUUUUCGGAAAACUCGUGACGAUGUGGGGCUUAGUCACAGAAAUUGGUGUUGUCGUUUGAUAUAUCUUGCUAAAACGUUCUUUAUAUUUUCAGGAGGUUAGUAAAUUUUAUACAUAGUACAAGUUCUCGAAGGUACGGCCACAAUGCAGAAGUUUAAUUUGUUUAUGUCGAGCACGACAAUUUCAAUCCAUUACAAUAUCAAUUAAGAAAAACUACUUACAACGUUGAGGUCCUAUUUCGCGGUUUACAGGUCGAAUAGGUUUUCCUCGAUAUUUGAUGUUCCGGAGAUGAUUCAGCAGUGUUCAAGUACAUAUAUACGAAACGGUCACGUGAAAUCUUAUGGGAUAUCUCUCAACUACUUUGAACAAAAAAUACACGUUCUGAUAGAACAAAUUGACAUUGCCGAAUUUUGCUCAACAUGUUGAAUAAAUAUCUCCAAAGGUUCACAAAUGUCUGGUAUAUACGCAUGACUUCAUAUGUUGUUUUUUCUUUUUAGGUAAUGUCAAACUGUCGUUAUUAUAUGAAACUGCUAAACUCCUGAUAAAUUGAGGCUUUCUGUUAAUAUUUCAGACGAUGAACUUCAUUUCUAUGGAAGCACUCCACAUGGCGCGAUUUUUCCUAAAAGCAGUACUAAUUUUCUUGGACUAAAUAGCGCGCCUGAGACGAAAAUUUUUCAGUGAGACUUUUUAAAAUCUAUUGUGAUAGUAGUCGCUGUUUUAGUAGCGGGAACUUUUUAGUAAUUUUUUAAUUUUUGUGUGAUAAUACUUGUCUUUGUGAAGGUAGGAGAAAGAAGUUCGAUGGUUUUACGUUGUGCAAUCUUACGGUUACGUUACACGAUUCGAAUUUAUUUUCUUUUUGCCGAGUUUUACAAUUUCUCUGACGUUUACAAAGAUCGAUAAUAACUGUUGUUGAAUGUGUCGAGCACAUUUCCUGUUUCUCUGUGUACAUAAAUGUACAAAAAAGUGACUUGAAUUUUCGGAGACGAAUUUAAGGAAAAAAAACAAGUAACGCUGAGUAUGCACGGUUAACCUUCCUGUAUGUAGAGACUAGUGGCCGCAAACGAAGCGUGUCACCAAGCGUAUUUUAGUCUAUUUACAUGCUCCACGUUGGUUAUUCACUGUUCAAGACCAUUCUCAAGGCCUGUUUGGCCCCUGUCAAAUCACGUUUUAACCACAGUCGGGGCCGAUAUAUCAGGAGAAACUACGGCAAUGGUGUUCGUUCUGUAAAAGCCGUUCCACACUCACGCGUGAAUCUCGGUGGGAACUUCUUUGGGUCCACACGCAAGGUUCUCAAUACAGUUCUCGUGUUCGAUGACGAUGGACGCAGGAUUAAAUUGUCGUGAGAAGCUUAUUACUCUGCAUACCCUUUGCUAAUAACGUUUUUUUUUGCUUCAAGGUACUAAUACGUUUCCACGCAUCGUGGGCUUUUAGUUUAUUUUUAUAUCCUUUUGAAUUUGCAUUCCACAAAAUCGGUUCUGCUUGAAAAUAUUCUAGGAAUAUUGAUGCUCAGUAGUUAACCACGCACAACCGUUCUAAUCAACGAGUCACCUGCCACUGAGAAACAUGCGAGUCAAUACAAGUUCUCGCCUGUUCUCAGCUCUUUUGUCUCGCGCCAAAAAAAAAAACGACAAAAUCGGAAAAGAAGCCGAGAACCUGCGAAGACUAUGUAAAUCGGGUCCACAUUCACAUUUCUCAUGUUUUUCAGCUUUCUCGCGAGAUUCUAGCGUGAGUGUGGAGAGGCUUUAAAAAAAACCACGCCUAGAGUACUAGUGCUGCUUUGACAGGGUUGCCAUGUUGCGUUUGCCAGGCACCCCUGCUGUAAUCUGUUCUACUACUCUACUAUUUAUCAUUCAUCAAAUUGAGUUAAAAAAACAGAUACCUGCAGAUUCAAGCGGUCGAAAUUCAUCCUAUAACCUCAGAUACUCUGCGCAUGCACUUCGAUAAGUUUUGGAGUUUUUUUUUCUCCCAUUUCUCAGGUUCUCCUGGUAUAUAGGCUCCAUGUUUACAUGCUUUGUAUAGACGCCAUAAAUGUCAUUGUCAAACUGCUCGCAAGCCGAAAAGUAUCUUAAAUGUCCUUGAAAUGCCUUUGAAAGCCGUCGUCAAGGCAAGUGCAAGCUGACUUGUCAAAAAGCGAAGAAAUGUUUUAAGUAUCACUUAAUUUUUAUUUGUGCUUUUUUUGUCUUUGUAAUGUUGAGUUUUAUCGUGAUUUGCCGGAGGCCAUGUUUUGUCAAUGUUGUUUAAAAAGUACCAAUGGUUAUUUUUAAUUGUCUACUGUGCCUGUUGAAAAAAAGAAAUCGGUAUUUUAGCAAACUGCUAUUCAGUAUUCAAUGUGAGUAACACAAAAUGUUCUAACUAGAUAGUGUUAGACGUACGCAUCUUCUGAUAAAAAGUUAUAUAUUAAAACACUAUUAUGAAAGUGCUAUUUCGAAGUGCCAAUUGAUUAUCUUACAUGCAAAACAAAACAAAAAAACAGGUGACGUCAAAAGCGUUGGGGGACAUCUUUGGGGGAAUUUGUUUCUCGCGUUCAUGAACUUUUGCCGCCGGUUUUGAAAAAUGAUCUCGAUUAUGCUUUUCUUUACAACGAUAAUCCAUUUACUUCUAAGUAAUAAGUAGAGGACGAUCCAUUAAUCUUCAUAGUCCAGUGAAAAUGGAUAACAACGAAGCGAAAGUAAAGGAUCCUGCAUAAAAAUAGUGGAAAAAAUGGGUUUCGCAGAUUUGUAUGAAAAAUCGCUGAUACUUUCUAUUGCUUUAUUGCAGGGACGUUUAGAAGUGUAUUGAGAAUUGCUAUAUUAUUGACUCAGUUACACAACCUCUAGGUAUUGAGGUAUUUGUUCUUAUCUGUGAUCUGUCAAUUUUUUAGCACUCUAGUAAAGACUUCAUUGGUGCUUUCUUGUUCGUAAUUGGUUUGAAUCCAGUUGGACUGGGCUAUGAAGGGAUGUGGAUCGACCUCUAGUAAUAAGUAUUGGCAAGUCCUGUUGGUUUUGGAUUUCCUUCUUUUUGUAUAAAGGUUGUUUCGUUCGACAUCCUAUAUAAAUAUAUAAUAUAUUGUAUAUUAUUUCAAGGACACAUUAUUUAUUUGCUUUUACAGUAAUGUACAGUAGUAUAGAUUUUUGUACAGUAACGAAUAUAUGUUUCCUUUGAUUGCCUCUGUUUGGGGGGUUCAAACUAGUUUUUUUGUACUAUGUAUAUUAUGUAAGAUUAUAGGUUUGAAUAAGAAAAAGUUUAUUACA